UCAGUGUUCCCACUAAAGCGGCUGGCUAUAUUUAGCUAAGGAAGAGAAGAUGGCCAACCCUGUUUGUAUGUGUACUAGUGACUAACAACAUACAUGUCAGUCCCACAGCACUAGGCUUUGGGAUAGUACAGGGGAAGUGUUGUCGUUGUCUGUGACAUUCCAGGCUUGACCUGACAGGCGUAAAAUCCUCGCUCACACAGUGUUAGGUGGGCUGAGACAGAUUUACUUACUGUUGGGACAACAAUAGGAUAUUCAUUCAAACUGCUCCACUUUAAACUUUUUUAACUCUGAGUAGCAGGACUUCCAUGAUGAUCCUGUGUUACAUAACCGACUGUGUUUUGUGUGUUGUGGGCUAAUCUGAUUACUGGGACACCACUGACACUGUGAUAUAUUGUUUUACAUUCAAAAUCUGGACCAUGGUUUGAAGGUUUAUGGGAUUUUACUGGAUGAAGCAAAGGUGUCUUUCGCUGACAUACAUAGAUCACAGGUUCAAGGUGUGUGUGUUCAGCAAAUUUGCUGGUUUAUUAUCUUUAAGAGAGACACACUGAUGUGUUUUCUUUAACCUUGUUGUAUAUUUUUGAAAAGGUGAGAAGACCCUUUUGUGAUUCUUUUUUAUCAAAGUUCUUUGCUUGGUUUUGAAAGAACUCUCAAUUGUAUGUUGGAACACACACAGACAAAAGUUGAGCAAAGAAAAGCUAUAAAAUUGUGCGAAGUUGUGAUAUAUAUCGUUAAACGGCGAAAAACAAGUUAAACAGAGGCGGCCAACAGACUCAAAACACGUAAAUGUUUUUUCGCGGUUUUCCGAGGUUCCUGUGAGGAGUUUACCGAUGUUUGUGUUAUUGUGUGGUAGGAAGACACACAAAGUGGGAUAAUGAAGUGCUCGUGAACUUGAUGGGGAAACAUUGUUCUAAUACUGAUAAGGGAGAUAAUAUGGAGGACCAGCAGAAGUCAGAAUCGGCCAGUGAGAUGUUUCUUGCAAAGGCAUUGUUCGACAACAUCGCAGAGACCCCAGAUGAGCUGGCGUUCCGACGCGGUGAUGUCUUGACGGUUGUCGAACAGGACACGGCCGGACUUGAUGGGUGGUGGUUGUGCUCCCUGCGAGGGAAGCAGGGCAUUGCCCCAGGCAACCGACUCAAAAUUCUGUCUGGCAUGCUGGACACUUCCAUGGAAAGGGAUCUCUACGACUCUCCCAAGUCGGAGUCCUUGAGACGCAGUUGGGAUGUAUCUCAGAACAUGGUUGUGAAUCAGCAGAAGAUUGCACAAGGAGACUUGUACGACUCGCCCAACAGAAGCAUGCAAGAUUAUGAUGUGCCUCCAACAAGAUAUUUUCCAAAGGAGAAAUCUCCACAGAGGGCAAGCACUCCAAAUAGGGAAACAACGCCAAGGCGGGAACUACAACGACCGCGAUCCGAGGAACUGUUAGAUAGCAAUCGCUCACAACAAUCAAAACGGGUGUCAGGUGGCAGUCUGCAGGAAGAGCAUAGUCAAUCAUUUUAUGACACUCCCCCAUCUUCCAGACCUGUUGCUCAAAUGCCUGAGUCUACCUAUGAUGUUCCACCAUCGGUAGUUCGUAAUUCUGUUGAAUCCUGCCACUCCAGUCGCUCCAGUGUAGCAUCAGACACUUCAAAUGAUUCCUCUGUUACAGUGUCCAGCUGUACGUCUAAUCCCAGCUUACCUCGACUGUCGAAUCCUUCCAGUACGUGUGAUUCAGCGCGGUCCAGUCUGGAUGUAUCAUCACACGAUUUCUAUGAUAUUCCUAACAAAGACUCGAGGAAGUUGAAACAGUUAUCAGCAGAUUCAGGUCUCGACUUAUAUGACACACCUUCUAAAUCGAGGCUGUCCAAUCAGUCUUCCCUAAUAGAAGAUUAUGAUGUGCCCAAGUUUAAGUCUUUUGAUCUCGGUGCACCUAGAUCAAGUGAGAAAACUCCUGAGGUGGUUCGUAGCAAAAGUCUAGAACACACAUUAGAUGACCUGUAUGAUGUACCAAAAAACAAUUUGCCCAAAGUGUACCUUAGUUUAAAUAUGAGUGGAGGCAAUGCUUCUUCAGUCAAUAUGAAUACUAAUGAUUCACUUAAUGUGUAUGAUGUACCACCGCAGGUAACACGUGAUUCUGUGAUCUCAGCUCGUUCAGAUUCAUCUGAGGAAGGACAAAGGCUUUCAACCUGCAGUGUGGAUUCUAGAGGCUCCACCUCGGAUAUACCUACGUAUGACGAGCUCUUACUGGAGCUUGAUGCUGCUCUUGAGUUGUUGGUCAAACUGCAACAACUUGUGCAGAAAUCUGCAAACAAACUGUUAGCUUUUGUCAGUAGUACAUGGAGAAAGAAGGAAAAUUUACAGACAAAGAUGUAUGACAUUAAAGUUGCAUGCACUGGACUGAAAUCUUCCCUAGCUGACUUUGUUGACUUUGCUCAAGGCACAUUGGCUAAUUCUGUGAAACUGUCUGAUAAGAAAUUGGUGAAUAAAUUGUACAAGCAGCUCAACCCACUGCAAAACAGUCUAAGACUUAUUUCUUUAUCUCUGAAGAACCUGGAGGAAAUGAAGUGGCAAGUAAACCUUCUGUCAGAACCUUUGGACUCUGGUCAGUCUGAUGACCUGGGACAGAUAGUUUCAUUGUGUAAAGAUUUGACUGGCAAUGUCAGAAAGUUAGCUUCGUUGAUUCAGGGAAAUGCCACAUUAUUAUUUGUACGCUCAAAUGAACUCAAUUCCAGUAGGACCAGUGAGCGACGAUGUUCUUUGGAUGAUAUUCUUAUGUCAUCGAAGCCUCCAAUUAAGCGAAAACCAGAACUGAAACCGAAACAAGGCAUUCGUUCUAAAUAUUUUCAGCAACGCCCAUUGCCUGCACCACCCCCAACUGACAGACCACUUCCUCCUCCUCCAGCAGAGCAGAAAAAGAAAAGUCCAUCACUAAAUUCUCUAACACCACCCAAGGAAUUGUACAGUUCAAGCAGUGACGAUAUCUAUCAGAAUGCUGACGAGGUGUUGGUGCAGGAGUACGAUUAUGUUCAGCUGGAGUCCCGUGACAUUGCUGCUCACAUGAAGCACAAGGAGGAGCUUGAGAUUCAGGUGGAUUUGUAUGAGAAGAAGCUUGAGGAGGAUCUCGCCAAAGUGGAUAUUGGAUGCAAGUCGGAUGAUUCAUCAGCCAGGUCCGAUGACGGCAGUGUCAAGUAUGAGGAAAACGAAGACGACACGCUGAAUACAGAUGAUAUAUGCAAGUAUAACUUGCUAGCAGGUCAGCAGGACCAGGUGGACAGCGGUCAGAUUGAUGUGGAUGCUUUGAUAGAACAGGAGCUGAAAACCCCAGUGAAUAUCAAGACGGAUGCCAGUGAGUUUAUUCUGCCCGAGAAGGCAGCUCUUCCAGAUAAGCUCCUCAGUCAGCAGCUCGACCCCAGUGAUAAACAGGUGUUGGUGUUCUAUUCCGGUCAGAUGGAGACUCAUUCCACGCUGCUGACCAAUGCCAUCGAUGCUUUUUUGAACUGCGUUGAAAGCAGUGACCCUCCCAACGUGUUCGUCUCUCACAGUAAGUUUGUGAUCAUCUCGGCUCAUAAACUGGUGCACAUCGGCGACACUCUCCAUCGCAAUCUGAUGCACAGUGUUGUAAGGAACCGAGUCAUGUCAUGUGCCAAUCACUUGUGUGACACUCUCAAGCUGUCUGUGACGGCCACCAAAAUGGCAGCACUGCAGUACCCAUCGGUGCCUGCAGUACAGGAGAUGGUGGAUCGGGUGAUGGAUGUGUCGCGAGCUGCUCAUGAUCUGAAACUGGUCAUAUCACAAGUUGUCGCUUUGUAGUACAGUUUUAACUUUAACAAAAAGACAUAUAUUUAUUACCAAUAGUACUAUUUUACCAAGACCUACCUUUAAGAUAUGUAUCUAUGACCAAUAGUACUAUUUUACCAAGACCUACCUUUAAGAUAUGUAUCUAUGACCAAUAGUACAAUUUUAACAUAAGACCUAUAAUUGAGCCCAUGAUGAACUAUAAUUGUUCAUCAUUUUAGUCGUCUUAUUGGUUUUAAUGUCUUAAAGAAAGAAAGAAAGAAAGAAAGAAGAAAAAAAAAACCCAGUUACAAUCAAAUGUGAAUGUUAUUCCAUCUGUUGGUGCUGAACUGUUGUCCACUAAUUUUUGCAUAUAUGCAGUGUUAUUUUGAUAUUCGUUAUAUAUAUCACAGUAUCUUAAUGCUGUGAGUUUUGUUUUAUGAGCAGAUUAUCAAUGUUUCCGUAUUAGAAUCACAAUUUAAGUAUCUUCCAUUAUUCAUAAGAUGAGACUAAUGACCAAAGAUUAGAGAUAAAGAAAAGCCAUUUUCUUAGACUACGUUUAGUUUGACAAAAUGUGUCCUAUUGAAGUGCCUUGUUAAAAAUAUAAAUGGAUCAAACUUUGAUUCCAGUAGUAAUAUAGUUAUCUGCAGUUUUCAAAAUGUUCAGUUUUAUAUAUACCAGUAGUUUAUCUUAUUUUUUGUUCAUCCUGCUAGUUUGAUUUUCAGGAGCUAAUUUGAUUGAAACCCCAGAACUGGAUAAACCCUGAUCUCAUAGGAUAGAUCCCCCCAACAGACUGCAGUAACAUUACCAUAAAAACAGACUGCAGUAACAUUACCAUGAAAACAAGGCUGCAGUAACAUUACCAUGAAAACAGAUUGCAGUAACAUUACCAUGAAAACAUACUGCAGUAACAUUACCAUGAAAACAAGGCUGUAGUAACAUUACCAUGAAAACAAGGCUGCAGUAACAUUACCAUGAAUACAGACUGCAGUAACAUUACCAUGAAAACAGACUGCAGUAACAUUACAAUGAAAACAGACUGCAGUAACAUUACCAUGAAAACAAGGCUGCAGUAACAUUACCAUGAAUACAGACUGCAGUAACAUUACCAUGAAAACAAGGCUGCAGUAACAUUACCAUGAAAACAGACUGCAGUAACAUUACCAUGAAAACAAGGCUGCAGUAACAUUACCAUGAAAACAAGGCUGCAGUAACAUUACCAUGAAAACAAGGCUGCAGUAACAUUACCAUGAAAACAGACUACAGUAACAUUACCAUGAAAACAAGGCUGUAGUAACAUUACCAUGAAAACAAGGCUGUAGUAACAUUACCAUGAAAACAGACUACAGUAACAUUACCAUGAAAACAAGGCUGCAGUAACAUUACCAUGAAAACAGACUGCAGUAACAUUACCAUGAAAACAAGGCUGCAGUAACAUUACCAUGAAAACAAGGCUGCAGUAACAUUACCAUGAAAACAGACUACAGUAACAUUACCACGAAAACAGACUGCAGUAACAUUACCAUGAAAUCAAACUUAACAUAAACAUGCGUGUACAUAAACCUGCCAGAUUUUACUCAUGGUUGUGUAAUUUCAUGCAAUUUAUUUUUCUAUUAUGAAUACAGCAUGCCUAUUUUUUUAUGCAAUCAGUAAUCAGUCAUCUGCACGCUAGCUUACUUUUAUGUGUAAGCAAUGAAUUGUCUAUUUACAACAAAGAUUCUUUUAUGGUUUGUGACUUUAGUGCUGUUCAUUAUAUUUUCUAGCAGUGUUCAUUGUUCUUUAUUGGUGUAACUGUUAUGCCUUUAUAGCUUUAUAAAGUUUAUUUUUUGCAAGUUAUUUUUAUAGAGAGAUUAAUAAGAACAAGUAGUUAACGCCAUGUUGUUAGUGCCAGAUUUGAUCUAGAAACUACGAUAGCUACCGCAAUAGCGACCCUCAUUUCAGUCAUCACAAGGGAUAAGAGUUGAUUCUGUUUUGUUUUCCACAUGAUCACUGUAGAGAUAAAUAAAUACAGAUUAUUAUACGAGCUAGUGUGUCAUACUGAUUUUAUGAAACAUGUGUUGGUAGUCUUGUAUUACCCAAGCGACAGCGAGACACCAGUUUUGUAAAAUCAGUACAGUGCACACGUGAGUGUAAUAAUUUCUUUAUUAUCCACAUUAUUCAAAAUAAUAUUUUUAUGAAUAACAAGCUAGGACCAUAUCAAAACAUUUUAAAUGUAACUAUAAAGAAACGACGAAAUGACGUCAUUUUGGUGAGCAUUUAAGACUGGGGAAGCCACAUUAAGUUAUAACAUUGUUUCCCCAAAUUAAGUCAUUUGUUGUGCAUGUAAAAACAUUAUGACAUAUGUGUGUUAUACUGGUUAUAUAACCCUGAAUAUCUUGAACUCUGUGUAUAAUAAGUGUUAUUAUAUCAGAGAGAAAUUGAUAAAACCAGUUAAUCAGAUUUCUUAUAUCAUAGUGGCUUCCAGUAUCGGAUCCAGUAUUAUUUUCAAGAGGCUGCACCAUCUCGUGGACCCAGUAAGAAUUGAUAGGCAGAGAAUUUCUUACAUCUCUGAAAUAUAGUGUGUAUAUUUUAGUAAGGCUUUGCACCAAAAUGUAAAUCCUUUACAUUUAAUUGUAUGAAAACUACUUAAAAGUUGCAGAUCCUAUAGUUCUAACCCUUGAAAAUUAACACUAAGUUUGGUUAAUCUACAAACCUGUAACACAUUUUGAUAAAGUUACAAUAGAGUGAAUCAAGUCUGUGAUGUUGAAUUUGGGGAAUGCCCUUAAAAAUAGACCGCAGCUUGUCUACAUAACCAUUACUUUUCAUAGGUACAUGUUUGUGUGUUUUAAAAAUAUAACAAUGCAUUUUGUGGUAUUACAAAUACCAGAAUGACCAGUUCAGCUUCAGAUGUUCAGAACUGGACAAUCUAAACAAUAAAAUCUUAAGUAAUGUCUGAUUUUAAUUAUAUAAAAAAAACUUUAAUAGUGAAAAAUACACCAUUGUGUUUAAAAACUAGGGUCUGUCACUUAAAACAAAGGGCUUUUUAAUUUUUGAUCUUAAGUAAUUUAAAGUACAUGUACAUAGAUUGGCUCUCUUGAGCUCCCUUCAGGAUCUAGCACUACAGGGCUUCUAGAUUAUGGUAGCGCCACUCCCAUGGCUAGUGAUAUUCAAUGUUGGGCUAGUAAAUAACUACCAUUGCCAUGCCUGGUGGCUAGUGAAUUUUGUUGUUGUUGCCAAAUGCUGCAUUUAAGUCUAUUUUGUAAUUGUGGAUAUCCUGCCUUUUCCUCCCCUCAAAUCUAAGGGUUUUUAAGCUCUGUCCUUCUUUAGAUGACAUAUCCAAUUAUUCCUAUUAGUAAAAUUGUAUUUACUUAAAGUAGGGCUAGUGAAUUUUUAAUCAUGGCUAGUACAUGUUUUUAGAUCACUGAUCCCAUGGCCAGUGGAUUUUUAUAAAAAUUCUAGAAGCCCAGCACUGGUUUAACAAGCCUCUGCUAAGUGUAUCUGUACAUGUAUAACUCAUAUUACCCCGUUAUAACCAGCUCUUUAAGCAUGCACAUGUAAAUACUAUGGUAUUGUAAAUAAUAAAAUGUCAGUUUUAAAACUGACUUGAAGAGUAUGUCUUUAAAACUAAGUGAUACAUACAGCCAUGUGUCUGGUUUACUAACACUGCAUAUUUUUUGUUUUAUGACCGCUGCACGUAUUCCAGUGAGUCACAUAUGUUGUAAGUGCAGAUGUUGAAAAUAUUAGUUUAUAUAUUUGAUAACAUUCUGUGUUGUUAAGAUUUGAUUGUUAUUGUUAACAGGAGUGCUGGAUGUGCUUAGGAUUCAAAUGACUACAGUGUAUAUUUACAUGUAUGCUAGAAUGAAAAAAAAGAGAGCUGUAAAUAGAGCUUCAUUUACUUGUGUUUGUUAAUUUGCUUUGUGCGUUAGAAUAAAAGCUAAUUAACCAAGCUGUUGUUCGUAAUAACCAUUACACAUUUUCACCAACAUAUAAGGAUUGAGUUAUUCAAGACUUUGUUACUUGGAAGGUUUAGUGGUACUUAGUAUAUUACUACAUAUGUACACCUGUACCUUAAUUUGGUGAUUCCAAUGAGGAUAUUAUUUCCAUUAAAACUGGUAUUUAAUUUGUAGUAUACUGAAGGUCAGAAUACAUUUAAUACCAUAAAAUAUUUUCUUUUAAUACAAUAUAUACACUAAAAUUAUAUUUUGAAUGUUACAAAUUGUAACACAAUGAGUACCUUGUAUGAUCUAAAUUUGAGUUGUAGAUUAAUAUUAUAUUACAACUAUCAAACGUUUCAGUUCAUUACUUAACCUAUUCAUAUUCUACGUGUGUAUGAAGACACAUUCAAAAAUAAAUUUAAUUACACUGAUAUCAAAAGUGUUAAUCCAUUAAUACUACCUAAAUUUCCGAUAUAGUCAAAAACAUGUUUGUAUGCUUUAGGCUGGUGUUUAUGAACCAGCUUGGUUCAGUCCAAGGUUUUAAAGAAACUGUCCUGAGUUUCCUGUUGUGGCAUACAUUCUGAAUAAGAAAUAUUAUUGGUAGUAAAUCUUGAGACAGAGAUGAAUUCUACUUGUAGAAUGCAGGAAAUUGCAUUCCAGGACAUCUAUUUUUCAAAUUUGUAUGGGGAGUAUACCUCUGGACCCUCUAGGAACCUUGCUUUGUGUCCUCGAUCUCAGUCAGUGCCCCCCCCCCCCCCCCCCCCCCAUGUCUACUUGAUUCCACCGUGCCUGUAUGGUAACAUACUUUGGACUAUUAGAGCCUUUUUAAUAUCUACAAUUAAACAGUGUAUAUAUAUAUAUAUAUAUAUAUAUAUAUAUAUAUAUAUUAUUGUUUAGAAUAUCAGUGUGCCUAAACCUUUUUUGGAUAUAGGCACGUUAAUAAAGUUAAAGAAAGAAUAUCAGUGUGGGUAUAAACAAUGCAUUUCUGGUUGUCCUAACAUUUGUAGCAAACUAAAAUUUCAUUUACUUCCUAAUAAUAAUAAUUAUUAUUAAUUUUUGUACAUAUGAAAUUAUUGGAAAGUAAAAUUUAGUUUGGGCUACUACAAACGUUAGGAUAACCACGGGACUAAUUCACAAAGCUCUCUUAAUAAGCAAUGUCGCAUCUUCAUCACAUCAUCCUUGCCAAGUCUUUUAACCUUGCACUGUGAGAUCAAAAAGUUGCAGGAGUUUAGUAAAUUAGGCCCCAGAAACACAUUGCAUAUAUUGGCACUGACAUUCUAAGCAAGGAAUUAGGGUUAUCUGUUAGUAACAUAUAAUGGCAACAAACUGAGGACAGUCUCUGAAAACAUUCAUUUUGGAUUUGAGGUUCAACCAUUUCUAGAUUAAAGCACACAGAGACUAACUAACCUGUUGAAAUGAAAAAUCAUCGUCCCACUUUGUCAAGUCUUACCAUUAAAAACCAGUCAAGAAAUCAAUGUUCACACUAGUACCACAAUAUGGAAACCUAAUUUCUCUGAGCAUAUUAACAAUUAUAAUACACACAUGUAAGUAAAGUAUUUAUGUAGUGGCUAUCACUAAGUGCCCAGCUGAUUUAUAAAGUAGUUGUGGAAUUAUGUGUAUUAUUAUCUCCAGCGUUGUGAUUAACACGAAACAGACUGUACAUAGAGCUUGCCAUGAGGAAAAUGGUAUUUAGUUACUUACUGCCGCCAUUAUAACACGACUGCUAUGUUACUGCUGUGUUAAUGAGACAACCAGAUUCUCUAUCUGACACACCAGAAUUAGCAGAGCUUGUGUCAUAGCUGACGGGGAAAUAAACAUUUCUAAAUA